AAGCGGCGGCGCAGCCAUCCUUCUCGCACUCCAAUAGUGAGAGGCCGGAAGACACCGCCAUGGUUUUAGGGUUGCAGCACUUCGAUGACCGCGUCGGCGACGAGAACGGCGGUCCCCGACUGGACUCCGACGCUGGCGAGGAGCUGAUGCUCGUCGAGCGUGGCGUCGCCAUCGCGCUCGGGUCUCGACCUCCGGAUUCCCCCGGAACACUCUACAUCACCACUCGGAGGGUGAUUUGGUUGAGCGACACGGACAAGGGGAACGGAUACGCGGUGGAUUUUUUGUCGGUCUGCCUCCAUGCCGUGUCGAGGGACCCGGAGGCAUACUCCUUGCCCUGCAUCUACACUCAGAUCGAGACUGAAGAUGGUGAGAAUGAGGAGUCUGAAAGCUCGGAUUCAGAAAGUCAUGGUGAUUUAGAACUGUCAAAUGUCACUGAAAUGAGACUAAUUCCAUCAGAUCCUGGUCAAUUGGAUACUCUCUUUGGCAUAUUCUGUCAAUGUGCUGAACUAAAUCCUGAGCCUCAAGAAGAAGAGGAAGAAAAUAGCUGGGUUUUUGGCAAUGAAGAAAUGGCUGAUGAUGGAAGUGAUUCGGAGUGGCAGCUUUCAGAACAUCAUGCCAAUCCCAUUGGUUAUGCAAAUGGAGAUCAUGACCUUGCUUGUACGGUGCAUGAGCUUCGAAUCAACGAUCAGCGGUUUGAAGAUGCAGAGGAAGUUGAAAGUGCGUCUCGCAAUGGUCAUCAAUUCUCUGGUUAACGACAUUACCAUCUGUGAUAUUUAUGGUGUCAUUUCUGCUGUUAACUCUAGUUAGUAACAUCUUUCUGAGGUGUCCGACUGCUGGUUUCUAAACUUUUUUGGUCACUAAAAAGUGAAACUAGGUUUGUUCAACCUACUACCAGUGCUUACGAUCCAACUGGUGCAGGAGUUGUAUGAUGAGAAUCUUCUUGGAAGGUCUUGCUAUUGGUCAAGAAUGUGUCUUCAGUAAUGAUGACUCCAAGAGUCAUAUUGUCUUUGUGAUUCAAUAUCAACUUGGAACUCAUGCUUGAGAGAA